AUGGCGGCACUUUUGCGGGUAACUGCCGCAGUGGAUCUUCUCCUGGACGAUGGUGCGCUGGGGCCUGUGCGUGAGCAGCUUCCGGCUGUUGAGUUUGUCGUUCGUAACGCAAAGACGGCCGUGGCGUGGCCGCCGCCUAUGGUAUCGACAUUUGAGGCGUCGCUGCUCCGUGGGCGGGAGGCGGAGGGGAGCGAUGAUGUGACGCUGGCUGCUGCGACGGAAGUGGAGCGCGUGAUGGGCCCGUCCCUUCGCUUCUACGGCCCGCUUGGUGGGCGGCUCUCCAAGGAGUUCAGGGCUCUGCUUCGCGGCGGGCUCGUUCGCCUGCUGACGCGGCAGGCACUACAGCGGCUUUGCGACGCAGAGCGGCAGACACACGAGGACGACAACGACGACACGGACCAGUUUGGCACUAGCCGCGCUGUUGGCGCUGCUGAUGAUGGGUCGAUGGCGCCAUUCAUUUCUAUUAAAAAAGGACCUCUGAAUACGACGGUGGCCUCUGUUCACUGGUCACCGCAGUUUCUGCAACGACUUCUUCACCACGCGGCUCUCAGAUGCCCACAGUUCACUGCACUGAUUCCGACAGCCAUGACGUUAAUUCCCCUCACAAGAGACUGGAAAGCAACCUCCAUGCCGCGCCGGCCACCUGCUACAGACGACGUCCACGCACCAAAGAAUGUGUGCAGGCUUGUCUUUACCAUUGAUCGAAUAGAAGUGGUGGAGCAGAGCAUACAUGAUGAAUUUACUGCGGACCGGCUUGCCUCUAUUUUGCACGAUUCUCAUCUUAAGCCGGCGGAACAACUGAGAGAGGCAGGCGGGGAGGCGCUCCAGGCGCCGCUGCUGCAUCUUCGAGACGCCAUGGACUGCUACCACCGUGCUCUGGUCUUGGCCCAGAAAGGACUUCUGUACCCGUAUCUUCACGCACUGCGACCACCGCCUUCCAUGGAGGAUCGCAUGGAAGGCGCGGAAGCAGAUGAUAUUGAAGACGAGACCUUUUCAUUCUUUGGUGACGCAGCGUUGCAGGAAGGAAAAAAUAUCACACCAUCGAAUCGAUAUCUAAACCUUCUUCUGCACCUGCGGAAAGGCACCAUCGUUGGUUCCGAAGAGAAUGAUUUGUACAAUAGUUCCUCUCUAACACAUGGACGAGCUCUCUUCCCCCGUGCCCAUGUGCUUCUACACGUGUGGUACGCCCUGCAUCGCCAGGUGGUUGUGGCCGCAGCCAAUGCGGCGCACACUCUUUUGUUGAUACAAGCCUCUUCCACUCACUUGACAGAUGCCUCAACGGCAGGCGGGUGCAAUGCAAAUACCCUGCAGCAGCGUCAGAUGCAAGUGGCUCGAUGGUGUGCGCGUGCACUGGACGUCCUGCAUCGACUAUUGGGGUGGUGGAACGGUGCAUCGCUUCAGUGGACGGAAGAAGAAUCGGCGUCAAAAAGGGAAUGGGUCUGGGUGCACACCAUCAAGUUUAAGCUACUUGUGCGUCAGGCAAAGUUACUGCGUGUCGCGGGAUCCUUUGAGGAGAGUCAAGCAGUUCAGGAUGUAAUGGAGGAACAGCUACGGAUCCUUCCCACGCAGAUCCCGUUAAGCUGCCAUGUGGAAAUGGGGAGUGUAUUGCAAGAUGUCAGGUGCCAACUUGUGCAAGAAAGGACCCUUCUUCGGGAGGAACUGAACCAAAAGGGAAGGCUGAUUCUUCGUUUAUGA